UUGGAAGAGGAAAGAUGGAGCUGGUGUACCAUCUGCUCACUUUAUUGCUCGCGUGUUGUUUGAGUUGUGACAGUGCUAUUGUUGGCGAAGAAAACCACGAAGAUUGUUUUGCCUCUGAUUCUGUACUCAAGUGUGAUUUCAUUGAAAGCACUCAGGAUGUCCGUAUGGACGAAAGAGUGAACAAGUUCCAGACGGUGCUGGUGAUGAACGCCGGCCAGCUGCUGCUCCACCCCAGCGUGUGCACGAGCGUCAGCCUGUACCACAUCGGCUCCGUCAUGUUCACUAGCACCAGCCAGAAGGCCGCGAACUGCAGCGGGAAGGCCCUCCACCUACACAAUGUCACAGUGGAUCAGAUCCCGCCUUAUCUGGAGAUGAUCAGUCUGGAAAACUCGCGACUCACGGGAACUUUCCUCUCGCAGCCGCACCUGAAGAAGGUCAAGGUGGUCAACUCGUGGCUGAGACACUUCGACCUGGACACCGUCAUGAGCGGAGCCUCUGAGGUGCGGCUGCACAGGACCAACAUCACGACGCUCAACAGACUCCACAUGGCUGGGCGAUCCAAGCUCUUCAUAACGGAUUCCACGAUCCAAGAAGUGUCCGAAAAUGCUAUAAAUUUCUUGGAAAACGCCAACGUUGAGGUUUUGCGCUCAGUGUUUCAAGACGAUUCUACCGAAAUUGUAGUUCAUAACUACAAGAUAGGCAUAUUAUUAGCCAAUAUUACUGGAUCAUGGAAGAUCAACUAUAAGUGUAGGGACACUCAGGAAACAACUGUUAAUAAAUACUUCUCAGACGGACGAAUAGGACAGCAGAAUGAUUUUCCCUUACAAGUUCUCUUAGGUGUGUUGGGUGUGCUGCUUGCGAUAAGCGUUUUCUACAACUGCUAUACCUGGAGGGAAAGUAAAAAGAUAAAAGUGAAAGCGAAAGAGGAAAUUAAAGCCUUAAUGGAAGCGUAGGAAGAUCCUGGACCGAAAUUGUAAAUAGUGAUAAACAGAUAAUCGUCAGAGAAAAAUAAUUCAAAAUGAAAACAUUGCAGUUAUCGAGUACUGUAUAGUCAGAAUAGAAACAAUUUUCACAUGAAGGGAAUUUCGAAGCAUUUGUAUUUCUAAUAAUACCGUGGGCUCUAUAUUCACUUUUAGCGGUCUUUCUCUUUUUGUUUUUUGGGAAAGAACGCUCAGUCCCCAGAUUUCGCACCAAAGUGCUACGAUUCUGCCCAGAUAACCGAGCGUACGACCAGAAACGCCCCUUCAGUCACACUUCAAUGAGGCAUAUCUUAUAAAGACAAGAUUGAUUGUCUGUCCUAUCUAUAUCACUCUUUUGUCAAGCCUGUUAUGUAAUCAUUUGUAACCGAAUAUGACAGUGCCCUAAGAAUGAUAAUCAUGUUAUUUAUAAUAUGUAAAGAAAAACAAACUUUUCAUCAUGCUAAUCGAAAUCAUACACAUUAUCUGUUGUUCGUCAAUAUACUGGGUUUGUGAUUUUUACUUUACCAGAUAUUUUGACCGAAAGUAAAUUAUCUCAGUUUCCUGUGCUAGUAUUCAUUUAAUUCACGUGCUUAUUUCAGAUGUGUGUGUGUGUGUGUGUGUGUGUGUGCGUGUGCGUUUGCGUGUGCAGGUGUAGAUUUUUUUCACUCAGUGUGAUGAUGAUGAUCUGAUAUUAUAUAUGUCUAUAUACACCUUUAAGCUAUUAUAAAUGGGACGAAAUGUGUCUAACAUACUCAGUAGUUUGAUACAAUGAAAAGGUGAGAUUAUUGUAGCCAAAUCAUUCAAUACUUCAAUACCAAAUGAAUUAGUAGUAACUAGUAGUAAUAAAAGUCAACUUGUCUCUCGAGUUUAAAGGGAGUAAAGUUUUAAUUUCCCCAGUAUAAACUUACGUACUGUAUCUGACAUAUGCAAGUGAAAUGGUACUCUUUCAUGGCAGAAGCUCUUUGAUAACAUUUCUGUACGAUUUCAAGGAGUCUGUUAUGAUUUUUUCUAGGAUUCCCGUGUAUAAAAGUACUAAACGCAGGUAAACCUAUAAUUGUUAUUGAAAUGAUAUUAUAUUAAAUUGCUUUAUAUCA